AUGCUAAGUGCUGGAAGAAAUGGAGAUUUUGGAAGUCAUUUAGCAGCAGUGUAUGAUUUUUUACCGUAUUUAUCAGCUGCUGGACGAAACCUCUAUUCAAAGUGGCUUCCAGUUUACUUAAGUGAUAUAGAAAGACUCAGGCAGCAAGUUCCUUACAUAUAUAAUUUUCUAGCGAGUGGUAAUUUUGUGGUGAAGAAAACCAAUGAAAAGCGAUUUAAUUGCGUAGCGUCAGACAUGGCUCUGGAACAAUUCAUAAGCCGUGAUUGUAAGUCGUUCAGGCAUUAUUGGAUUUUCGCGGAAACCAUCUGCUCUACUUCGGUGGAUGAAUCUAUGACCCAGAGCGAACUGACAAGAAGAAAAGAAGUAAAUUCCUUACAAAAAACAAAUGAGUGUAAUGUACUGGCCGUGAUGAAUACUACAGAAUCUGAUUGGUGUAAUCCAUUUGAUAUUAACCAUGUUCCUUCCUCACUAAUAAAUAUUUGUACGGGAAAGGAGGUACAUUCUGAUAUUGAACAAAGCUUAAAUAACUUUAUCAAUCAAAGUCAGAAUAAUAAAGAAGUAUUUUGGAAGGGAGUCGAUAAUUUAAACUUUUGGAAACCUAAAUCAAGAAAUAAAGUCUUGACAUUCAAAGAGGGAAAUGUAAAAGAAAAUCCGAAAAAAGGAAACCCGAUAAUUGGUUCGGAAUUAAUGUUUCCAAGAAUAUUGUGUGCAGCACAAAGAAAUGAAAUUGACCUGACUACGAUAUUAUCACAUGAACUCACACUAGUUCCAACAUCCUUAUUUUAUGACGAUGGGUCUAUGAGGAAGAUAACAAAAUCUGACCUUGCAAAAAAAAUUGAGGGCGAGUCUAAAGCAACCGUUGAUUGCACAACAGUUCAGUCGCUGAUGGUAGAUGGGAUGGUAACUAUUCAAGAAAUUAUUGAAAAAGAAAUGAUAACGUUCAACGAUUUAAAUUUAUUAACAUUCGACCAUCCUUAUAAUUCUCAACGAGACGAAACCAUGAAUUUGGCUGCGUGA